CAGAAGCUGGUCAAAGACGUACGUCGCCAUGAUUGUGUUGGCUCUCCUGUUGGGUUCCCUGGCCCUGUCUCACGGUCAGUUCGUCUACUACUGCUCCCAGUUGCGUCUGCAGUGCGUUCCUGCCGCCUACUGCGCCUCAGCUGUACAGGCGUAUGGUUGCGCAUACGGAUCAGUCUGUUGCAGGGCCACGGCGACACAGCAGCAGAGCGGCUGCAGUUCUCGAUACGGAGGGCGAUGUUUGAGCCUAAAUGUUGGCUGCGCUGGCACAGCGUAUAACGGGUAUGGUCUUUGUCCGUAUGGGGCCCAGCAAAAGUGCUGCAUAAUCACCGGAACUGGGACUGGCACAGGCACCGGAACUGGGACGGGGACAGGCACCGGAACAGGAACUACCAGCACAGGAAGUGGAACACCGGUCAAUGACAAAAUCUGUGGUAUUCCCGGCAAGACCAGCCGUAUCAUCAAUGGCCAGAAUGCAAGGGCAGGCUCCUGGCCCUGGCAAGUGUCCCUGAGAACGUUCUGCCAGCCGGGGAACAACCAGAGACGCCAUUGCUGUGCAGGAACAUUAAUCAGCAGCCGAUGGGUGGUCACGGCUGCUCACUGCUUUAAGGAUUUCAAGUACCCCAGUCAGUAUAACGUGGUAGCAGGCGACACGGACCAGUACGUGAACGAGGGCACGGAGCAGGUGCUGCAGGUUGAACGGAUCAUUACGGUAGGUGGCAGCAGGGUCUUUCAUUCCGAUAAAAUUUAG